CAUAUUUCUGAUCCUAUACAACAGAACACAGAGUUGAAAAUCUAGGUUGUUGAUAUGUGGUCAAAUGUGGGAGCUCUGGUUCUUGUUUUUCUUAGCUGUGUAACCCUCUACGGUCUCCUUAAGUUCUUCCACAAAAUGUGGUGGCUUCCAAAUCGCAUAAAACGUGUAAUGAGUUCCCAGGGUAUAAGUGGACCCCCAUAUCGCUUCGUUCAUGGUAACACUAAAGAAAUUGCCCACAUCAAAGACCAAGCAAAGACUUCGUUGUUCACUGGUAUAUCACAUGAUAUAUACCCAAGAAUACAACCUCAGUUCGUUAUAUGGUUCCGGUUAUACGGGAAAAAUUUUCUUGACUGGUAUGGUCCUCAACCCGAAUUGGUUAUCACAGACCCGGAGAUUAUCAAAGAAAUUGCCAGCAAUAGAAGCGUCUCUUUGGAAAGACCUGAUCUCGGAUCAUUUCAUAAGAAAAUGCUCGGGUAUGGUCUUGUUACGUCUAAAGGGGAAAAAUGGGCAAGGCAGCGAAAAUUGGCUAACCAUGCUUUUAGUGCUGAAAAUUUAAAGAACAUGAUCCCAACCAUGGUUGAAAGCGUAGAGAUGCUGCUACUUAGGUGGAAAAGUAUGGCCGGCAGUGAGGUUGAAGUGAACGCCGAGUUCAGGAUCUUGACAGCCGAAGUGAUUUCAAAGACAGCAUUUGGGACCAGUUACUUACAAGGAAAGGAAGUUUUUGAAAUGCUCAAGGAAAUGAGUACCAUAGCAGGCAGAAACUACUACAAUCCUCCCCUUAUUCCGGGCCUCGGUAAAAUACUCAAAAGCAGCGAUGAUUUGAGGUCGGAUGAGCUUCAGAAAGACAUUCAAGACCUAAUUAUCAAGACUAUAAAGGAGCGAGAGAAAAUCAUGGCUGUAGAUGCAGACACUUGGGGAACUGAUUUUCUUGGACAACUUGUAAAGGCUAAUCACGAUACAGAUGAACGAUACCAGCUUUCAACACAAGACAUCAUUGACGAAUGUAAAACCUUUUAUGUAUCUGGGGAUGGAACAACAUCGCUUGUGCUCUCAUGGGCUGUUCUUCUUUUGUCAGUCCACAAAGAAUGGCAAGAAAGAGCACGAGAGGAGGUAUUCGAGCUGUUUGGGAGAGAAAACCCGCGAUCAGAAGGCAUAGCAAAACUGAAAACGAUUGGGAUGAUCAUCAAUGAGACCCUACGACUGUAUCCACCUGGACUGGCUAUUAUCAGAAAGAACAAAAGAGAAGUUAAAUUGGGAAGUCUUACGAUUCCUUCCAACUUAAUUCUACAUGUUCCCGUUUUAGCACUUCACCAUGAUCGUAAAAUAUGGGGAGAGGAUGCUCAUCUCUUUAAACCCGAUAGGUUUUCCGAAGGGAUCAACAAAGCUACAAAGAACAACCCAUCAGCAUAUAUGCCUUUUGGCUUUGGGCCUCGAAAUUGUGUAGGUUCAAACUUCGCUACCAAUACAGCUAAGGUUGCGCUUGCAAUGAUCUUGCAGCGCUUUCGCUUUACUCCAUCUCCCAAUUAUGUUCACGAGCCGGUUCAUCUUCUGAUGCUUAUUCCAAAGAACGGUGUUCAAGUGAUGCUUCAUGCUCUUUAAUGCACAUGGAUAUUAAUUUGUUUGUAAUUUAAUAACCU